GUGGGGCUCCAGGGGCGGGACCCAGGCCCGGUCCACAAGAGCAGGUGGCCACUGCGGCUGGGGGAUGCUCGCGCUGCACCGGGAACAGCACAGGUGGUGCCGGGAUCGCGUACUCGCAAGCCCCAGACCCUGCGGAACUGAGGUGCCUGUCCCUCAAAGUUGCACCCCUGCCAUGGCUCCUGGAGAGAAAAUCAAAGCCAAAAUCAAGAAGAAUCUGCCUGUGACAGGGCCUCAGGCACCUACCAUUAAGGAGCUGAUGCGGUGGUACUGCCUUAACACCAAUACCCAUGGCUGCCGCCGCAUUGUGGUAUCCCGGGGCCGCCUCCGGCGCCUACUCUGGAUUCUGUUUACACUGACGGCCGUGGCCCUUAUUUUCUGGCAGUGUGCCCUCCUCGUUUUCUCCUUCUAUACCGUCUCUGUCUCCAUCAAAAUCCAUUUCCAGAAGCUGGAUUUUCCUGCUGUCACCAUCUGCAACAUCAACCCUUACAAGUACAGCGCUGUGCGAGACCUUCUAGCUGACUUGGAACAGGAGACCAGAGCAACCUUGAAGACCCUGUAUGGCUUCUCAGAGAUUAAUUCUCGGAAACGCCGAGAGGCAGAAUUCAGGAGUUUGGCCUCGGGGGGCACACAGCCCAAAUUCCCCAACCUGGUCCCCCUGUUGGCCUUCAAUCAAGAUGAGGUCGGCAAAGCCAGGGACUUCUUCACAGGGCGGAAGCGGAAAGUCAGCGGGAGCAUCAUUCACAAGGCAUCGGAUGUCGUGCAUGUCCACGAGUCCAAGGAGGUGGUGGGAUUCCAACUGUGUUCCAAUGACACGUCCGAGUGUGCCGUCUACACCUUCAGCUCAGGGGUCAAUGCCAUCCAGGAGUGGUACAAGCUGCACUACAUGAACAUCAUGGCACAAGUGCCUCUGGGGAAGAAAAUCAACAUGAGCUACUCUGCCGAGGAGCUACUGGUGACCUGCUCCUUUGAUGGGAGGUCCUGUGAUGCCAGGAACUUCACGCUUUUCCACCACCCAAUGCACGGGAAUUGCUACACAUUCAACAAUAGAGAAAAUGAGACUAUCCUCAGCACCUCCAUGGGGGGCAGUGAAUAUGGGCUGCAGGUCAUCUUGUACAUAAACGAAGAAGAGUAUAACCCCUUCCUGGUGUCCUCGACUGGGGCUAAGGUGAUUGUCCAUCGGCAGGAUGAAUACCCCUUCAUCGAGGAUGUGGGAACAGAGAUUGAGACAGCAAUGGCCACCUCCAUAGGGAUGCACCUGACGGAGUCCUUCAAGCUGAGUGAACCCUACAGCCAGUGCACGGAGGAUGGGAGUGAUGUGCCAAUCAAGAACAUUUACAAUGCUGCAUAUUCUCUCCAGAUCUGCCUGCAUUCAUGCUUCCAGACAAAGAUGGUAGAGAAAUGUGGGUGUGCCCAGUACAGCCAGCCUUUACCCGCAGCGGCCAACUACUGCAAUUACCAGCAGCACCCCAACUGGAUGUACUGCUACUACCAGCUGCACCAAGCCUUCGUCCAGGAGGAGCUGGGCUGCCAGUCAGUUUGCCGGGAGGCCUGCAGCUUUAAGGAGUGGACACUGACCACCAGCCUGGCACAGUGGCCAUCUGCAGUGUCCGAGAAAUGGCUGCUGCCCGUUCUCACUUGGGACCAAGGCCGGCAAACACACAAAAAACUCAACAAGACAGACUUGGCCAAACUCUUGAUAUUUUACAAAGACUUGAACCAGAGAUCCAUUGUGGAGAGCCCCGCCAACAGCAUUGAAAUGCUUCUGUCCAACUUCGGUGGCCAGCUGGGCUUGUGGAUGAGCUGUUCUGUCGUCUGCAUCAUUGAGAUCAUCGAGGUCUUCUUCAUUGACUCCCUCUCUAUUGUUGCCCGCCACCAAUGGCAGAAAGCCAAGGGGUGGUGGGCCCAGAGACAGGCUCCCCCCAACCUUGGGGGCCAGGACAACCCAUCCCUCCAGAUAGAUGAUGACUUGCCCACUUUCACCUCUGCUUUGCGCUUGCCUCCAGCGCCAGGGGCACAGGUGCCUGGCACACCGCCCCCCAGAUACAAUACCUUGCGCUUGGAGAAGGCCUUCUCCGACCAGCUCACAGACACCCAGCUGCCAGCUGAGUCCUGAGGCAGUGUAGGGAAGGAAGAUCUAGCCAGGACCACCAGCCAUGGUCUCAGAAUUUAGACCCUGUUUCCUUGCAAAGGGGACCCUCUGCACCACCCCUGGACUUUUCAGAGACAUUGACUAAAAGUCUGCUUUGAAUAAGAUGGGGCCUGGGUGUGUGCAGGGGACCUGCGGGGCCCUGCCCAGCAACACUCACAGCCAUCCAGGAUGAGAUAAAUUCUGUGGCCCAAACCCUCAGUGCGUCUGCUGUGGAGAGAGAUAGGGGCCGAGGAAAUGGUGCCAGCCUAGACAAGGGUCAGAAGUGAAGCCUGGCAGAGUUCUUUACCACAUCUUGAGAGAUAAAGACUUCUCUGAAGCCCCAGACUGGGAGUUUCAUCCUCUCCCCCCAGCCCGGGCUGGAGCCCAUAGAUGUGACCUUAGGUGUCAAGGCCAGAGAACUGCCACCUGGUGCCAAAGAGAGGAGGAAGCACCAGGUCAGGAGCUGGAGCUGUUUGUGCACAAACUGUUCUUAGUCAUGACUUUGGGGCAAGGUCUCUGUGCCCUCAGGCAGGGAGCUGGCCCGAGAUCCUUGGAGUGAGUUGUAGGGGAGGGGCCCCAGGGAGGGUGGUCUAGGGGUGUAACAGGAAGUCCUCACUGUAGGGCCAUGUUCUGAGCAGCUAAGCCAAGGCCCUGGACCCUUUGCCCAAGUAGAGAAGAGCCAGGUAAAGGGCACUGCAAGGCACUCCUGCCCAGUGGUAGUCCGAGGCAUAAAGUAUUGUCUCCUGAUAACCCACCUCAGCUGCUCUUCCUCUAAGCAAACCCUCCCACCACCAAUGACCUCCCUCUCACUAACAAGCCAACCACAGCAGGCAACCACUUCCCACCAUACUCACACCUUCCAACAUGAUCAUAGCUGAUGUUUUAUGCACAUAGUAUGUGUUCAGUGUCCUCCUAAGAAUGGUGUGCUGGGUGCUGUUCUAAGCACUUCCAGAGGUUAUCGUAGCAGACUGCAGACUGCAACCCACAGGCCAAAUAUGGGUUUUGCCCAUUUCCUAAGAAUGUGUUUUUUUUUACUUCACUUUUAAAUGGUUAAAAAUAUCAAAAGAAGGCCAACUUGUGAUUCAUGAAAAUUAUAUGAGAUUCAAAUUCCAGUGUCCACAAAUAAAGUUUUAUUGGAACACAAGCACACCCAUUCAUUUAGGUAUUGUCUAAGGCUGCAUUUGUGCUAUAAUGACCUGCCCAGUUGAGCAGUCGCAACAUAGACUAUGGCCCACAAAGUCUAAGAUAUAUUUAUUCUCUGGCCCUUUACAGAAAAAAAUCUACCAACCCCUGGAUUAACACAUUAAAUAGGUAAGAUUAGCCCAUUGUAGGGAUGAAGAAAUUGAGACACAGACAGAUUAAGUUACUCAACCAAGGUGACACAGCUAGGAAGUUGCAGAGCUGGGAUUCAAACCCAGGCAGCCUGACUGCGGGGCCUGCACGCUUUAUCACUCCAUCACUUUGCGUCCAGUCAGUGCCUGUGCUUUUAAGGGUGAGGCUCAUGUUAGUUUGGGUGGUAAGAAGGAAAGGCUGGACACCUGGCUGUAGGGCAGAAGGAAGUCCUUCAUCCGUACGUGGGGAGAGGCCUGCAUUUCAGGACUCCUUCCCACACCAGGAUGGUGCUAGCAGAGGCAGGAGUUGGUAAAAGAGCAGGGGCUGUGUGACCCUUCCUGGACCCUGCCUGGGCCCUGCCUAGUGAAGAAACUAUCUUCACAAACACAGUCGAGCCCCAUGCAGCCCUAUGGCUGCUACAGCCAUCCCUGCCCCAUGCGGUGGUUCCACGGGACUUCACAGGGUGGGGCGCUGCAGGGAGGCAGAGCAGGGAGGAGGCCGGCCUGACCUCAGGCUGGUUGGAUCUCCCCUGAGGAGUGGGCUCAGAAGCCGGGGCUGGUGCAGGCAAGCGUCAGGUUACUAAGGGUGAGACUGGCUCCUGGCCCUGUCGGGCUGGGGUGGCUGCAGCCAGUGCCAACAGGGAACUGACAGUGGAUUCCUACCUGGGCACUACCCAGAGAGAGGUUCCUCCUCCUCCUCCAAGGCAGGAGGGGUUGGGGCCUGGCCCUCAGAUUCAUGGAAUUGACCAGCCUCGACAUUAUAUCACAGGCAGGGACAUUUUCAGCAAGGCUGGGCUUGCUGCCUGCUUUGUCAAAGGAGAGGCUGUGAGCACCUGUGGAGCGCACUGCCACCCAUUUCUGCCCCAGGGAGGACACAUACCCACACCCCAUGGCUCCAGCUAUCUCCCUCUGGGCUGUGUGCCUGCAAUGCCAAAUGCUGCCCUCUUCUCCUCCACUCAUCCUUCCAAGCCAGGUACAAAUGUCACCACCUCUUUAAAGCCUCCCCCUACCUUCCCUUGCUCCAAGAAGCUGGCACUUGCUCCAUUAUAGAAUGUUCAUCCCCUGAUAUAAUUUUUUAUCCAUUUGUCUGCCUCAUUAAAUGGUGACCUCUUUGAGGGCAGGAAUUGUGUCUUAUCUCUUUGUACCCAGGCUAGGACAGGACUAAGUACAGUGAUGACAUUUAGGAAAAGUUUGUGAAGUUAAUUAAAACAGUAACAACCAUAAUGAUGGCUAAUAUUUAUUGAGGACUUACUGUUUGCCAGGGAUUCUGCUAAGCACUUCACACACAUCAGCUCAUGGGGUUCCCACAGCCAGAUAUUCUUGCAAACAAGGAAACUGAGGCACAGAGCAUUCUUUUCAUGGGCCCCUGGCUAGUAACUGGUGGACCCAGACCCUCCUCCAGAGCUCGCUUGCUUACCCACCAUGCAAACUGCCUUUCAGAUGGGAGCUUUUCCCCAGAGGCCAAGUCCACCUGGUCCUGAGGAAGUUCCACCGUCCCCCAGUCUACUCAGCCAAGGGGCUCUCCUGUGCCAGGAGCUGAGGACAGGGGAGAACCACCUCAUUCCCAGGCCCUUUGGAUAAGCAGCCACCAUGGCCAGCAAUUACUGACCCCAAGGACAUAUUCCAUUUGUAGUCAUGGGAAUGUUUGCUCUUGAUGCGGCCUUGCUUUCACAAGCUAUCUAAGUUGUUGCCCUCACUGCCCUUCCGAUUUCCCCUCCAGGCCCCUGGGUCCCAGACCCAAGUGUCCCAUCACUCAUGGUAUGCCUCCCUGAUGACAGAGACACCUCAAACUCAGCAUGCAGUCUGAGUUUGGGCCUGCACCCCAAGGGGGGAUAUUGAAUAAUCACCCCAAUCUCUCCUGGGAUUGAAAACUGAGGUCUGGGCUGGACAGACAUAUGUGGGAAACCCAUUUCUUGCCCUUUCUGUCCUCUAAAAUGGCAUUCCUUGGCUCCUGGCCCCUUCCUCCCCCUUCAGAGCUAGCAGACCAGCAUCUUGCUUCCCU